AUUAAAGUAUUGUGCUUAAAUUUAUCCCAACUAAAAGUUCUAAAGUUUUAUGGGAUAUUUCAGGGUUUGGGGCAAUGGGCUGCCAGAUUGGAUUUGAACCAAUUAUGCAUGGGGAUCACGAGGAAACAGGUUAGCACAUGCACAUGUAAACAAGAUAUCAAAGGCAUAACGACAAAAAUGGCAGAAGAAACUGAAGAAAAACCAAAAAAUUUUCAUGAAAUGGAAUUAGAUGAUCGAAUAUUAAAGGCUGUUGCAAAAUUGGGAUGGCAAGUUCCAACUUUAAUUCAAGAAAGAGCUAUACCUUUACUUUUGGAGGGAAAAGAUGUUUUAGUGAGAGCCAGAACAGGGUCAGGCAAAACAGCAGCAUUUUCAAUACCUGUCAUACAAAAAAUUCUUAACUUCAAAGAAACAGCAAAACAUCAAGAAAUAAAGGCUCUUGUGCUGGCUCCUACAAAAGAAUUAUGUCAUCAAAUAUGCAGUGUGAUCAAAGACUUAACAAUUAAGUGUUCACGAGAAGUGAGAUGUGUUGAUAUUGCACCACAAGUAGAUUUAAGUGUACAGAAACCUCUUCUUGUUGAAAAACCAGAUAUAGUUAUCGGAACACCUUCAAGAACAUUACAGCACCUAAAAGCCAACAAUUUGAAAUUGAAAAAGUCUUUGGAGUUGUUGGUUAUUGAUGAGGCUGAUUUAGUGUUUUCCUUUGGAUAUGAAGAAGAAGUUAAAGAAAUUAUGUUAUUUUUACCGAAAAUUUAUCAAGCUAUAUUGGCUUCAGCCACCUUAAGUGAAGAUGUUAAAAGUUUAAAGAGUUUGGUUUUGCAUAAUCCAGUUAUAUUAAAAUUAGAGGAACCUGAUCUGGCACCAGCCAGUCAGUUAACUCAUUAUCAUCUCUAUGCUGAAGAAAUGGAUAAAGCUACGAUUUUAUAUGCUUUGUUAAAACUGCAUUUAAUUAGAGGAAAAACCAUUGUCUUUGUGAAUACUGUAGAUAAAUGUUACAAAAUAAAAUUAUAUUUAGAACAGUUUGGUAUACCUACUUGUGUAUUGAAUUCUGAAUUACCUGCCACUAUUCGUUGUCAUUCUGUAAAUCAAUUUAACCAGGGUAUUUAUGACAUUAUUGUUGCAUCAGACGAAAAAGCCCUCGAAAAACCGGGAAAUGAAAGUGUUGCUAGCGAUGGUAAAAAAUCAAAAAGAAGAAAAGACAAAGAAAGUGGAGUUUCUAGAGGAAUAGAUUUUCAAUUUGUCGCAAAUGUUAUUAACUUUGAUUUUCCAUUGGAUGUUCAAUCUUACAUACACAGAGCUGGCAGAACUGCUAGGGGCAAUAACCAGGGAAGUGUUCUUUCCUUUGUAAGCAUUAAGGAAAAAGACUUAUUGGACAGUGUAGAAAAAAGAUUACAGCAAGGCCAGGAAGAUGUUUCUGUUUUUAAAUCCUAUCAAUUUAAGUUGGAUGAAGUGGAUGCCUUUAAAUACAGAGCCAAGGAUGCUUGGAGAGCUGUUACUAGAAUUGCUGUUAGAGAAGCAAGAUUAAAAGAAAUUAAGUUAGAAAUUUUUAAUUCUCAAAAAUUAAAGAGCUACUUUGAAGACAACCCAAACGAUUUACAAGUGUUAAGGCACGACAAGGCGUUACAUACAGUAAAAAUUCAACAGCAUUUGUCUGACGUUCCGGAGUACAUUGUGCCGCCAUCUCUGAAAAGUUUAGCCGGCAUCGCAAAACGCGGCAAGAGGAAGCGCGAACAUUAUCGACCCUCUGACAGUUCCACCGCCAAAUAUCAGCUUAAAAAAAGUAAUCCACUUUUAAGCAUGGAAUUUGAUGGAUUUGAUAAAAAGAAAAAGAAGAAAUGAAAAUAAAUUUAAUAUGUAUGUAUUUUAAUAAACGCAAGCUUUUAUUA